UCCUGUUCGUCGGUGGCAGCAUUCACCCCUCAUACACUUCGUGCCGCAGGAGUGGGCAGGUUUGUUCUCCGCCUCCUUGCACGUUUCUCUGACCAGACCACACCGGCCUCUCAUCUAGCAUUUGCUGAAGCUGCAACACUCACACCGUAGCCCUCGGAGAGCAGCGAUGUUUUCCUGCAGAGCAGCCUGGCAGAGGUGUGGGCCUCUGGCUCGGAGAGCAGCCUUCAAGCUGCCUCAGGAUGUUGUGCAGCGGCGGGCGAUGUCGUCGGUCCCUGGCGGGUCUGGGGAGAACAUAGUGUACGCCAUCCUGUGUGGUGGAGCUCUGGUUGGAUCUUUGUCGUAUGCGUACAUCACCGUGUCCACAGAUCACGCUCGCUUUAAUGAUCGCAUCGCACAAAUUAAUGCCAGACCCAAGACGGACUGGACACCCAAACCCUGGCCACCCAAAAGUAAGGAUGAAGAAGAGGGUGGUGAGGAGGAGGCCGGUGAGGAGGUGGAGGUCGCGGUGGAGGAGGCAGCUGGCGGGGAGGCAGAGACCGUAGUAGAAGAAGCUGCUGAAGUGGUCGCUGAGGUUGCAGAAGUGGUCGCUGAGGCUGCUGAGGCUGUUGCCGAGGCGGCGCAGGAGGUGGAGGCGGUCGCAGAAGAAGUGGCUCAUGUGGCCGAAGCCGUGGAAGAAGCUGCACAGGCCGUCACAGAGCCAGCCGCGGUCGAAGUCCAGGAGUCCGAAAGCAAUGUGCCGCUGGCUGCUGCCUCUACAUUUGAGGUACUGAAGAUGCCUGAAGUUCAGGAUGAGUUGGCACCCACUGUUGAAGACCUCCGAGAAGAGCCCCCCGCACCGACAGAGGCAAAACCUGUCAAAGACGUUCCUGUUCCUGCUGAAGAAACUCCUGUUACUGAGGAGACUGGUACACCAGUGGAAGUUUCUGAGGAGGCCCCUGCACCAGUAGAGGUUGCGCCAGUUGCUGAGGAGGCCCCUGCACCAGUAGAGGUUGCACCAGUUGCUGAGGAGGCCCCUGCACCAGUAGAGGUUGCACCAGCUGCUGAGGAGGCCCCUGCACCAGUAAAGCUUGCGCCAGCUGCUGAGGAGGCCCCUGCACCAGUAGAGCUUGCGCCAGCUGCUGAGGAGGCCCCUGCACCAGUAGAGGUUGCACCAGUUGUUGAAGAGGCCCCUGCACCAGUAGAGGUUGCACCAGUUGCUGAGGAGGCCCCUGCACCAGUAGAAGUUGCACCAGUUGUUGAAGAGGCCCCUGCACCAGUAGAAGUUGCACCAGUUGUUGAGGAGGCCCCUGCACCAGUAGAAGUUGCACCAGUUGUUGAAGAGGCCCCUGCACCAGUAGAAGUUGCACCAGUUGUUGAAGAGGCCCCUGCACCAGUAGAGGUUGCACCAGUUGUUGAAGAGGCCCCUGCACCAGUAGAGGUUGCACCAGUUGCUGAGGAGGUCCCUGCACCAGUAGAGGUUGCACCAGUUGCUGAGGAGGCCCCUGCACCAGUAGAGGUUGCACCAGUUGCUGAGGAGGCCCCUGCACCAGUAGAGGUUGCACCAGUUGUUGAAGAGGCCCCUGCACCAGUAGAGGUUGCACCAGUUGCUGAGGAGGUCCCUGCACCAGUAGAGGUUGCACCAGUUGUUGAAGAAGCUCCUGCACCAGUAGAGGUUGCACCAGUUGCUGAGGAGGUCCCUGCACCAGUAGAGGUUGCACCAGUUGCUGAGGAGGCCCCUGCACCAGUAGAGGUUGCACCAGUUGCUGAGGAGGUCCCUGCACCAGUAGAGGUUGCACCAGUUGUUGAGGAGGCCCCUGCACCAGUAGAAGUUGCACCAGUUGCUGAGGAGGCCCCUGCACCAGUAGAGGUUGCACCAGUUGUUGAAGAAGCUCCUGCACCAGUAGAGGUUGCACCAGUUGCUGAGGAGGCCUCUGUACCAAUAGAGGUUGCACCAGUUGUUGAAGAAGCCCAGGCAGUUGCAGCAGAUGUUGCCUCAGCCAAAGAAGCUGUCACAACAACAGUUGUAGAAGUUGCAGCAACUCCCUCUGCAGAAGCUGCUGCUGUCUCCGUUGAGACCCAGGCAGAAGAUUCCAGCAAGGAGUUCAUUGUUGUUGUUCUGGAAGGAACACCCAAAGAAGACAAGAAGCCUAAGGUGCUGGGAGUUGGACCCAUGACUGGUAGAUUCAUCCCUGCUCCAGAUGACGACACCGUCACCACUUCUGAGGGUAAACGACGACUUCUUAGGAUGCAAAUGCAGUAGUUUCAACAAAGUAAACAUCUCCCGAAUGACAACUUUUAUCCUCCAGAAGAAGAUGUGCCUUUCUCUGAUGUUUCUGGGACUUUCCUGCAUCAUUUUACCUGAAAUUUAAAGGGAGCCAUAGGUAGUUCGGUCUGAAGACAUAAAAACACAGUGUUACGGUCAAAACCUGCUUUAUUGAGCCAUUCUCCCUCAGUUUGACACUUCACACUGAGUCCAGUCAGGAACAGAUGGCUUGUCCUUCUCUGGUUUAUCGUUUUGUCAGGUCUGUUUACAGCUGUUGAUGAAUCUGAGCCAUUCGGUCAACCCUUUACUCUUACUGUUACAAUUCACUGCCUCAAAGACCACUCCAGUAUGCUGACUCUGACCAGAGCGCCUGAACGAGGCGUCCAACCACCAGCAGUCUGUUACUCUUUCCAACCUCAGGUUCCUUUUCCUGCUUCUCCUCAAACACUCCCUGUUCUUGAUCUUGUUUUUUAACAAAGAAACACGCUGGCUGAAGAGCCCAUGUAGCUACCUCGCUACCUUAGUUUUCCUCAUGUCUGCAGUCCUGAACUCUGCACACCUCUGGUGCUCUGUGUGGAGCUUCUUGGCCAAAACCCACAGCUGCUAAGCCACCUUUAAUAAGCAGGUUCUAACUUUACUCACCCACUAAUCUCCAUAAUGUAAAGAUAAUAUUGGCACAAGCAAUAAAACAUUGAAAUUCAGACAUUUUACCCAUUUUUUCUUCCUCUUUACUUUUGUAUACACUAAAUGUAGGAAAUGUUAGCGCCUUCUUUUUGAUGUUAUGAUGCAACCCCUUUUUGCACACCUCCUAUUCAGACUAUCAAAGCUGAGAAAUCCUCCUCACCUUCAUCACCUCCACAGACAGCGAUGUGGAGUUAAAAGGAAACCUUGUUGAGGAAUUUUCCCUCCUUCAUGUAUGACAGAAUAAGGAGUAGCUGGCUGUUGUAUCACACUUCCGUCACCUUUUUGUUUUUCUGUUCUUUCUAGUUUUGCUCUGUGUGGAUGGAUCAUUAAAAGGCCACAGCAUGUGCAGAGAGAUAUGUUGCAGUGUGGCAUGAAGUCUGAGUUUGGGAAAUGUUGAGGUAUGUCCGAUGGAAAGUCUUGGUGUAAAAGCUUCGUUGGCUCUGUGGGAUUUCUGUCUUUUCCUAGCUUAGCGGGUGAUCUCUGAAUCUGAGCUGGGAUCACUGAGGGAAGAAGCUAACUUGAGGGUUAGUGUGUAUUUUAAAAAUGGGAAAAUGCUGCUCUGUCUUUAAGGUAGUCUCUGCAUUGCAGCUUGAGUGGACGCCAUUGAUUUAGCUAAGGACUGAUACUGUGACACAUUACUGUUUUGCAAAAUAAAGAUGAGUUAAAAACA